CUCAGCUCCAACUCACUCUCCACUGUUAUUAAAAAGCAAAUCACUUGGCCAGAUCCUGCAACGGCCGACUUUGAGAACUCUUGAUUUUGAAUUUGGCCAGGAUCAUUUGGUCCGUUUUUUGCCCUGCCCCCGGCACACGCCUCCCUAGACGCUUCAAGACACCUGAUUUCAGCCAGCCCGCCGGGACCCCGAAUCUCCGCGCCCGAGGGAAUCGAGACCUUCCGGGCCUUUCCCCCUUCCCCGAAUUUUUGGCCAACUCCCCUCCAAGCACAACUUUAGCAUGAUGUCUUAUCUCAAGCAACCACCUUAUGCAGUCAACGGGCUGAGUCUGACAACCUCGGGCAUGGACUUGCUUCAUCCUUCCGUGGGAUACCCGGCGACCCCUCGGAAGCAGCGGCGGGAGCGCACCACCUUCACCCGGGCGCAGCUGGACGUCCUGGAGGCGCUGUUCGCCAAGACCCGCUACCCGGACAUCUUCAUGCGCGAGGAAGUAGCUCUGAAAAUCAACCUGCCCGAGUCUAGGGUGCAGGUGUGGUUCAAAAACCGCCGGGCCAAGUGCCGCCAGCAGCAACAGCAGCAGCAGAACGGGGGCCAGAGCAAAGUGAGGCCGGCCAAGAAGAAGAGCUCCCCGGCUCGCGAAGUAAGUUCGGAGAGCGGCACCAGCGGGCAGUUCACCCCCCCUUCCAGCACCUCCGUCCCAGCCAUUUCCAGCAGCAGCGCCCCCGUGUCUAUCUGGAGCCCGGCUUCCAUCUCCCCACUCUCAGACCCCCUGUCCACAUCCUCUUCUUGCAUGCAGCGCUCCUACCCCAUGACCUACACCCAGGCUUCAGGCUACAGCCAAGGCUACGCUGGUUCAACCUCCUACUUCGGGGGGAUGGAUUGUGGAUCUUAUUUGACCCCGAUGCACCACCAGCUUCCUGGACCAGGGGCCACACUCAGCCCUAUGGGCACCAAUGCAGUCACCAGCCAUCUCAACCAGUCCCCAGCUUCCCUCUCCACCCAGGGCUAUGGAGCAUCAAGUUUGGGCUUUAACUCAACCACCGACUGCUUGGAUUAUAAGGACCAAACCGCCUCCUGGAAGCUAAACUUCAAUGCUGACUGCUUGGAUUAUAAAGACCAGACAUCUUCAUGGAAGUUCCAGGUUUUGUGAAGGCCUGUAGGACCCCUUUGUGAUAAGAAUAAAUAUGAAUAAUA